UCCACCCGGAUGGAUUGAGCGCGUCUUUAUUUGUGCAUAACAAGUGAAAGUGACACGUUCUCCCAUUCUGCGAGACCCGUUCUAGAAUGCAAAGUUCCAUUCCUCGCCAUUUGGUGCGAUCCUGGUGUAGACGAGUUUCGUUGCCAAAUCGAACUACCCUCGUGCGACACUUUGCUUCAGAUAAAACGCCAAAUCGAACAGCUCUGUACGAGUUUCAUCAAAAGCAUGGUGGCAAACUAGUGGACUUUGCUGGGUACUGGUUGCCAGUACAGUACGCCGAUCAGAGCAUCAUCAAGUCUCAUCUCUACACACGGGAAUAUGGCUCCAUCUUUGACGUUUCGCACAUGCUGCAAACCUAUCUGAGAGGCAAGGAUGUCAUCACUUGCUUUGAAUCCAUCUGCACAGCCGACAUCAAGGGCUUGCGCAAUGGGACGGGCACGCUCACAGUUUUCCCCAACGCUUCCGGAGGCAUUCUGGAUGAUCUGAUCGUCAACCGAGUGGCCGACGACAUCCUGUACGUCGUAUCGAACGCGUCGAGAAAAGACGUCGACAUGGCGAACAUAUCCGAUGCGGUUGCUGCAUUCAAGGCAAAAGGCAAAGAUGUUUCGGUGGAGUUUCUCUCCUCCGACGAUCAGUCACUGCUAGCUGUUCAGGGACCGAACGCUGUCGCAACACUACAGAAGCUCUGCACCAAAGACCUUUCCCGAUUGUACUUUAUGAACACCACCACCGACUCUAUUGCCGGUGUUGACGGCUGUCGGAUAACGCGAUGUGGCUACACCGGUGAAGAUGGUGUAGAAAUCUCGAUUCCAUCAGCCAAAGCCACAGAUAUUACCACUGCCCUGCUCGAUCCAAGCAUUGGAAAGCUAAAGCUAGCCGGUCUAGGUGCACGCGACUCACUACGCAUUGAGGCAGGCCUUUGCUUGUAUGGAAACGACAUAGACGAAAGCACCACGCCUGUCGAAGCGAAUUUACUCUGGCUGGUAGCAAAAGCUCGGCGCGUUGAAAACAACUUUCCGGGAUCAGACAAAAUCAACUCGCAAAUAAAGAAUGGCGUCACUCGUCGACGGGUGGGCUUUAAGAUGGAUUCUGGCGCUGCUCCGGCCCGACAGCAUGUGGAUAUCUACAACAAUGAGCAGCAGAAGGUUGGAGAAAUUACCAGCGGUUGUCCGAGUCCGUGUUUGCAGCAAAACGUCGCGAUGGGAUACAUUCGUGAGGAAUAUAAAAAACCGGGAACCGAAAUUUCUCUUAAGGUGCGCGAUAAGCACUAUCACAGUACUGUUUCGAAGAUGCCAUUCGUAGCGACACAUUACUACCAGGCGCCCAAAUAAAAUUACCAACA